AUGCGUUACUCUACCAUCAUCAGCGUCGUGGUCGCUUACGCCCCAGCAGCACUGGCACAAAGCUCUUCAGCUACCAUUACAUCAAUGGUCCCGAUGAUGUCUCCUUCGGCGCCUCCAGUUACAAUGGCCUGGAAUAACGAGCCCAGCUCCACCGACAAAGCAGCUCUCACGUCCAAAGCUUCGUCCAUGAACUCCGCCAUGCAGUCAGCAAUAUCUUCUGCAUCCAUGUCGAUGGGGAUGGGGAUGGAAAGUGGCAUGACCAUGUCUGACGGUAUGGUCAUGGCAACAGGCAGUGCUCAGGCAGCUAUGGGUAACUUCACCGGCAGCGCGGGGAGAAUCGAGGUCGGUGGUGGUGUGGCGAUGAUGGCGGCCCUCUUGGCUAUGCUUUGA